GCAUCAGCACCCAGUCGAUAACGCCGGCCUCUUCUCAUUUAUGACUCUGCACUGGCUCUCUCCGCUGGCACUGAAGGCCUACAAGGAGUCCAGCUUGUCUAUGGAUGACGUGUGGGGACUGUCCUGUCACGAAGCCUCCACAGUUAACUGUCAAAGACUUGAAUCUUUGUGGCGCGAUGAGCUGAAGAGACGUGGGCGAGAUGGGGCGUCCCUGACGAGGGUCUUCUGGAGGUUUUGCCAAACCCGCAUGCUGGUGGCCAUCUUCUCUCUGCUCCUGACAAUGGUGGCAGGCUUCGUUGGGCCCGCGCUGCUGGUUCGAGCUCUCCUGGAGUACUGCCAGAGYUCACAGAGUUCUGUGUGGUACGGCUUGCCCCUGGUAGUCGGGAUCUUCCUCAUGGAACUGAUGCGCUCCUGGUCCCUGGCGCUCAUGUGGGCCGUCAACUACCGCACGUCUGCACGCCUGCGAGGCGCGGCUCUUACUUUUGCCUUCCAGAAGAUCCUCCGCCUGCGGAGCACCAAAGACAUCAGUCCAGGAGAGUUGAUCAACAUGUGCUGCAGUGAUGGCCAGCGGCUGUAUGAAGCAGCAUCAGUGGGCUGUCUCCUGGCUGGGGGCCCUUUGGUGGGGCUACUUGGUCUUUCUUAUACUGCGUACUUCCUGGGCCCCACAGCGCUGCUGGGAUCGGCUAUUUUCAUCUUUUUCUACCCCACCAUGAUGCUGGCGUCGAGGCUGACGGCGUAUUUCCGCAAGAAGUGCGUGGCGGUCACUGACCGGCGCGUGAGGCUCAUGAACGAGAUCUUGACCUGCAUAAAGUUCAUCAAGAUGUACUGCUGGGAAGACGCCUUUGCACAGAACAUUCACAAGGUGCGAUCAGAGGAGAGGGGGAUCCUGGAGAGAGCUGGGGUCGUCCAGAGUCUCACGGUGGGCGUGGCCCCAAUUGUCGUGGUGAUAGCAAGCGUGUGCACCUUUACCCUUCAUAUGGCGCUGGGCUAUGACCUGACUGCAGCUGAGGCUUUCACCGUAGUUGCUGUUUUCAACUCCAUGACGUUUGCUCUGAAAGUCACGCCUCUGGCUGUGAGGUCGCUGUCAGAAGGAGCUGUUGCAGUCAAAAGAUUUCAGAGGCUCUUCAUGAUGACCGACAGAGAGAUGAUUUUGGCAAAAACCGAGGACCCGAGUAAUUCUGUGGAGUUUCAGGACGCCACGCUGGCCUGGGAGAAGGCCAGCUCGCCGGCUACGAAGUCCAACCCACCUCCCAAGAAGCGCGGAGGGAUCAAACGUGUGCUGCGCAGGGAGAAGCUGAGCCUGUACAUUUCCACAGAAAGCAGCAAGGAAAACAAAGAUGGCCCCAACGGGCAAAGCCUCCUUACAAACAUGGAGCAGGAGAGCCCACAAAGCACCAUCUCCUCCACUCAGAGCAUCCGGCCGCCGCUGCACAAGACCUUACACCGCAUUAAUCUGCGAAUCAAGAGGGGUUCUCUGGUUGGAAUCUGUGGAGGUGUCGGGAGUGGAAAGAGCUCUCUUCUGUCUGCUUUACUUGGACAGAUGACUCUAGUAGAAGGCAAAGUGGCUGUAAGUGGUGGCUUUGCUUAUGUAUCCCAACAUGCCUGGAUUCUUAAUGACUCAUUAAGGGAGAACAUCCUGUUUGGAAAUGCGUAUGACUCAGACAAAUACAACGCUGUGCUGGAAGCAUGCUGCCUUCUGCAAGAUCUCGCAGAGCUUCCAUAUGGAGACAUGACAGAGAUUGGGGAGCGGGGUGCCAACCUGAGCGGAGGGCAGCGUCAGAGAGUGAGCCUGGCUCGUGCGCUCUACAGCGAGCGGCCCGUGCUUCUCCUGGACGACCCGCUCAGUGCUGUCGAUGCUUGUGUGGGUUCCCAUAUCUUCAACAGAGCCAUUCGAGGGGCAGCUAAGGGGAAGACGGUGCUCUUUGUAACACACCAGCUGCAGUUCCUGCCCGAGUGUGAUGAUGUGAUCCUGAUGAAGGACGGGCAGAUUGCCGAGCACGGCACCCAUGCACAUCUAAUGGGUAAAGAGCGUGACUAUGCCACCCUAUUCAACAGCAUGCAACAGGAGAAUCUGGUUAAAGAAAAUUUAAAAAACAAACAGCGAAAGGAAGACACAAAAAAGGCUGACGGUGCUGCUGAUGUUGUCAAGGUCAAACCAAAGGUGGAAAGCAAGAACAGAGAGCAACUGAUGAAAGCUGAAGAAAAAGGUUCCGGUGCAGUCGCCUGGCCUGUGUAUAAAGCAUACAUCAAAGCAGCAGGAGGUCCAGUAGUCUUCGUCAUCAACGCUCUCUUCUUCCUCUUGACGACAGGCAGCAUAGCCUUCAGUAACUGGUGGCUAAGCUACUGGAUCAGGCAGGGCAGCGGGAACACAUCAUUAAUCUCGGGGAACGAAACAUUGAUGAGCACCAGCAUGAGGCUCAACCCUCAUAUUCAGUAUUACUCAACUGUUUAUGUCAUCUCCAUGGGAGCCGCGUUGCUUCUGAAGACGGUGAGAGGGCUGGUGUUUGUGAAGUGCACGGUGAAGGCUGCCUCCGCACUCCAUGACAAGCUGUUCCACAGGCUCCUCUUCAGCCCCAUGCACUUUUUUGAUACGACACCUCUGGGUCGCAUCCUGACCCGCUUCUCCAGGGACAUGGACGAGGUGGAUGUGCGACUUUCCAUGCAAGCCGAGAUGCUGCUGCAGAACCUGACUCUGGUGCUGUUUUGCUUGGGGAUGGUUGGAAUGGUCUUCCCUUGGUUCUUGAUCUCAGUCCUGCCCCUAGGGGUCUUCCUCUUCAUUGUCAAUCGAGUCUCCAGAGUUUUCAUUCGUGAGCUAAAGCGCCUGGAGAACAUCAGCCAAUCACCAUUCACCUCUCAUAUAACGAGCAGUCUGCAGGGACUUUCCACCAUCCACGCUUAUGGAAGAGGGCACAGCUUCCUCCAGAGAUAUCAAGAGCUGUUGGACACCAACCAGGCCACCAGCUACCUCUUCAGCUGCGCUAUGCGUUGGCUGGCUCUCCGCCUGGACCUCAUCAGCAUCUCCCUUAUCACUGUUGUGGCACUUCUCAUUGUCUUCAUGCACAAUCAGAUACCUCCAGCCUAUGCAGGCCUGGCCAUAUCGUAUGCAGUGCAGUUGACCGGCUUGUUUCAGUUUACGGUGCGGCUGCUCACGGAGACCGAAGCUCGGUUCACGUCAGUGGAAAGGAUAAAUUAUUACGUUAAGAGUCUUGACAGUGAAGCACCCCGACACAGUCCUGAGGCAGCUGCUCCUGCCCCCUCCUGGCCUCAACAGGGAGGGAUCACCUUCCAGGAUGUGAACAUGCGUUAUCGAGAUGAUCUGCCACUGGUGCUUAAGAGCCUAUCUUUCACCAUUCUUCCCGAAGAGACCAUCGGCAUUGUGGGCCGCACCGGAUCAGGGAAGUCGUCUCUGGCUGCAGCUCUGUUUAGGCUGGUSGAGCUGAGCGCAGGCUCCAUAACCGUCGACGGGAUCAAUAUCGCUCAGAUUGGUCUGGAUGACCUGCGGAGCAAGCUGGCCAUCAUUCCUCAAGAGCCUGUACUCUUCAUCGGCACCAUCAGGAGCAAUUUAGACCCGUGGGAUCAAUACACUGAUGUGCAGAUCUGGGAAGCUCUUGAGAAAACACAUGUAAAAGAAAUGGUCAGCCAGCUGCCUCAUUCCCUCCACUCAGAGGUGACGGAGAACGGAGAGAACUUCUCAGUGGGAGAACGGCAGCUGCUCUGUGUGGCCAGAGCCCUCCUGAGGAACAGCAAGAUUCUUAUUUUGGAUGAGGCAACAGCAGCCAUCGACACAGAGACGGAUCGUCUCAUCCAGGAGACCAUUCGCUGUGAGUUUAGCAGCUGCACCACUCUCAUCAUCGCACAUCGUCUCAACACUGUGAUGGGCUGCAGCAGGAUCAUGGUCCUUGACAACGGCCAGAUUUUGGAGUUUGACUCUCCUGCAGCACUGCUGGCAGAUGAAAACUCCAGAUUUCGAUCCAUGGUUGAAGCAUCAGAAGGCCAAAGCUGAUAUAAUGAAACACACUGGAGCUGAGUGCUGUGGGGAAGAGGGGAAAAAAAUGUAGUCAAGGACGUGAAUUGCAAUAAAAACACACACAGACAAAAUUUUCCCCAAUUCUGUCAUGAUGUGGAAGAAACACUGUGAUGGCAGCCAUGUGUAACAGGGUCUGUUUUUGGUCACAUCAAAGGUUCAGGGACUACGUUUAGUCAUGCCACACAUCAAAUCUGUGUGCAAACUGAGAUUUGCCUGCUGUUUGCAGUUGUUAUAGGAGUUCUCUUUUUCUUUUUUUCUGAAGGCCAAAUUAUUACCUGCAAGAGAAACGAAGUUCAGACUCAGAAAACAGCACUUUAUGUUUUACACGGUGCUUCUUUUUCUUUUGAGGCUCAGUAAUCACUGAAACUCAAAAUUAGUUUUAGUCUUUUGUUUCGUUGGACCUCAAAGUGCAGGAAUUUACUUUGACCAGAUAAUGGUGUAAUAUUUAUUCUUUUAAUAAUAUAUUGUUAGAACUUAUUUUUAUGUGAAUUAUUCAAUACAGAGUCUCUAAAAUAGUCACUUGUUUCACAUUCCUACGAGGCACUGUCAUGCUGAAAAAGUUUUUCUGCAAUCUAGAGGACUAAUUUUGUGUUAUUACAGGUGAGAUGUGUGCCUGGUUCUAUUUUUGAAUAAAUAURUUGGAGUCAGCCAUGUAAGCAUGCUUUUUUUAGACUGCAUGCAAGCACGUUUUUACGAAAUGAGCAAAUAUUUUCAAAUGCUGGAGUUAAAAAUUUGCACAUUUUAUAUUAUGUUUGAAGUUUUACAAGCUUGGUCAAUCUGAUGUUGAUCAAUGUAUAUUUACUUGUUGCAAUUUGGAGGUACAGUAGGUUUUUUUUUUCCAACACAAUGAUGUUAAACAUCAGGACUUUAAAUGCUGUUUUAAAGGUCUGAGGAAUGUAGACUUCUGCCUUAUAGACAAUCAAGAAAAGUGCAAUAUCUUAUUGCUUUGAUACAUUUUCGAGAUUGCCUUUGUACACUUUACUUUUAAGUGUUUGUAUAAUGUGAAGUUCUUUAAUAAAAUAUUUUUAUAAAUGA